AUGAAGUAUAGUGAAACAGUAUGCUGCUGUAUACCCGUGAGACCGGGUGUACUUUUGAUGUCAGCUAUUCUAUUUUUAGUUUAUUUAGUGCUCACUAUUGUUAUGUUUGUCAAGAAGCAAGAUAUGGAAUAUUGGGCAACCUUUCAGCAAAACGUUGAUACGCCUUUAACACCAGAAGCAUUCGCAGGCGUGUUUUAUUCAUUUGCUAUCAGUUUUAUAGUUUAUGCUGUUAUAUCAGUAUUUGGAAUAGUAGCUAUUGUUCUGCAACAUCGACGUAUGGUUCGAAUCUAUCAUGUCCUGAACUGGUUCUUCGUUCUCUUACUUUUUACUGUAUCUGUUGCUUAUUGGACUUAUUUUAAGGUGAAGCAAGAAGUUUAUAUUAAUGACUGCCAAGACUUUCAAAACACCAAAAAUAAUAUUACCGGCAAUCCUUAUUAUACUCAAAUCUCGAUCCCAGGAAAGCAGCUGAUCGCCCCUGGAUCAGACAAGAGUUACUGCAUAAACCUUGUAAAGCAUUUUGUGAUUGCAUCUGGUAUCUCCACCUUUGUAUUUAAUUUCAUACAGAUCUAUUGGGCUCGCUCCAUUGGAAAAUAUGCAACAUCAUUGAAACGACAUUAUCAGCAUCAACGAUUAGAAGUUAAAGAUGAGGACGCCUUAUCUUUAAGAAAUGAGUAA